GUGGCAAAGAGCAAUUCUCCGAGCAUCAUAAGAUUACAAAUAAUCGAGGAUAGUUCUUGCGAUCAUAUGAUCAAAUAUGAGAGGUAUUCAAAUAUUACAGCGGAGUGGGAGACAAGUCUGUCAAAUUCUUACAGUUCAAAGAUGUCAUUAUCAUGACAUGUCAAGGGCUUGUGUGAUUGGAACUGGUGCUGAAAACUUUCCUGAGUUUGAGGUAAGUUCCCCUUCUUACAGAGACCGUACUUAUUGACCAAAAUAUUAAAAAGCCGCCUACCUCAUUUACACAAUACCUUUUCCUCAGUUUGUGAACACCUAAGGUAAAGAGCCUCGAGUAACAAAUGUGUUGCUGAUAAAUUAUUCGGAACAGUUUUUCAUAAUAAAACACAUAUGAUAGAGAUGUUACAAAAGAAGAACACGUCCGGCCGCAAUUUGAACCAAAUAGUAAAGUUGUUUAUCCUCGAUUAAGCUUCUCCCCUCAAUAAUUGACCCUGUUCUAACCGUGAAGGUUCAAACAUUAGCAUAGACAUUAUAUAUUCAGCAGAAUCUACGGUAUAUGUCCUUUAAUGACGUCACUGGGUGGGUGUGAGAGGGGGUGUAGCCCGUGGACGCUCUCCACUGAACGGACUCCAUCUUAUACUAGACUUUCCCUUUCAUUUUGCUAGUUUUUUAUUAUUAUUAUUAUUAUCUUCAGGCUCAACUGUUGCAAUUGCCAGAGUUUUAUGAAAUGUCUGGGAUGAUCUUUACCUCUCUUCUAUCAUGUAAUAACUUUUCUUUUACAUACAACUCUCACUUAUAUACGAGAAGAUUAAAUAAAGUACCCUUAAAUCAUAUUUUUGCAUAGACCAAGCAAAAUAUCAUGUUUUUGUAAAAGGCAAUGUACUUUUUGGUCAUGCUUAAUAGGACAACAAGGCAAAGAUGGCCUCUGCUGUUCAAGACCUGGAAAGCACUAUUGCUAGAAUAAAACAAGGUAUCAAUCUUUAACAUUUAGACAUCAGUAAGGGCCAACUUAACUUUGAUGCACAGGUCUUAAGUCUCUUUAUAAAAAAAAAAUGUGAGUCUCUUAGGUACAGGAUCAUCUCUCAUAUUUGACUUAGUUUCAGAAAUUAAACCACUUGUUUAUGUUGUUCAUUAGCACACUAAAUUUAAUUUCAGUAAGAAGCACUAAAUUGUUUACAAGUGUGAGUGUUAAUGAAAUACAGUAUACAGUUGCUUAAUUGUCAACAUGACAGUACCUACCAUCUGCUUUGGAGGCUUGAGACAUUUAUUCUCACUGCUGACAUUUUUGUAAAAGACUCAAUCAUGUCUGAUGACAUACUUGUAUUUCCAAGGGAAUGUUCUGUGUAAAAGUUUCUGUAGGCAGUUGACUGAGUUGACACAAACUCGUCACCAGUGCUCCCUCUUUUUAUUUAAUGUAUUGGCCAAAGCAUUGUUUGCAAUCAUUUGCAUGGACUGUUGUCAUCUCUCAGUUGUAAUCUCUCAGCUAGUUGUAAUCUCUCAGUUAGGGCAUUGUUUGCUGAUACUUUUCCCAAGUUGUAAGAAAUUGUGUGGCAAAGGUGUCAAACAGGGUGAGGCAGAAGGUUUUGAUCUCCAGGCAAGAGAUUGUGUUUAAGAAAUUAGAGUUGGCAUAAAUAUAUAUCUUAAGUAUUUUAAUAGGGAAAAGUGGCCACCAACUCUUAUGAGCUUAUUUUUUCAAAGGUGGAGAUGAAAAAGCAAGGAAGAGACACACAUCUAAAGGAAAAUUGUUACCAAGAGACAGGAUAUCCUGCUUGCUGGACCCUGGGUAUAUUUUUGUUUGUUUUGUUUCUUCUUUCACAGUGGUAAACAAUAACCACUUAUAACAACAUAAAUGUACAGAUAGCUAGGACUGAUGCAUGUUAAGAAUGAUAUGAUUUAGUAUUGAGAUCAAAUUUAGAAUUUAAUGUUUAUUUACUAAUUUAAGAUUUAAUUUAGUCUUUUUAUUCUUGGGGUUGAGAAGGCAGAAGUAGGAUUGGUGUUUUUUUUUUAACAGGGAUGAACAUGGUAAUUCUUGCAUGCAAGUAUACUUGUUGUUGUAGACUAAACAGAAAUGGCUGAAAGUCAAUGAAAGAAUACUUUAACAGUGCAUUUCCACUGGAUUUAUAGUUCACCAUUUCUGGAAUUGUCUCAGUUGGCUGGACACAAGUUGUACGGUAAUGAAGAGGUGCCUGCUGGGGGAAUUAUCACUGGCAUCGGUAGAGUGUCAGGGUGAGUUAGAAAUUAUCCACACCAGUAGUUAGUAACAGUUUUUCAUGUCACACCAUUUUUCUACUAAGGUUAGUUCCAAAGAGAAAUACUUUUCUUGAACAUGAAGGCGCCUGCUCAAGAUAUCAAAAUUUUAGUCACCUUCAUCAAAAACUGUUUUUGAUGAUUAUCCUCAACUACACAACCACAAUACACGGUAGAUUUGUCUUCCAGAUGACAAUUCUUAGUGUGAAGGCUUUUUCAACAGUUAUAAAGAAUUUGAUUCUUAAGGUUAUAUCUAUAUCAAUAUGUCGGAAUGGAGUUUUAAGCUCCUGGUCUUUUUUUAUAUAAUUAAGUUUCUAAUGAUGUGUUAUGACUUUAUUUUCUAUAAAUUCAAGACUGGCAUAGAUAUGUUUAUGGUAAAAAUGUUGUCUAACAUUUAAAAUUCAGACUGCAAUGACUGAAAAGGAACAGCUGGAUACUGUUUCUGCUCGGUCAUUCAUCAUCCUUUAUUUACUUUUCUGUCUCAAAUAUAUUUUGUUCAUCAUGAUAUGAGAUAAGACAUACUGUUUUCUGUGUCUCUAUGUUGUAAUACCUACAAUAUCUCAUUUGUUAUUUUUCAGAGUAGAAUGUAUGAUUGUUGCAAAUGAUGCAACAGUUAAAGGUGGAACAUAUUACCCAAUAACAGUUAAAAAGCAUGUCAGGGCUCAGGAAAUUGCUCGGGAAAACAGGUUACCUUGUCUUUACCUUGGUGAGUUGAUUAGAAACCAUCAAAUACUUGUCAUCAGUUUUUUUUCUUUGUGUCAUCUGUUAACCUUGAUUCAACCCUUUACUAACUUUGCUUUCCAUGGACAAUUUAGCUUUGAGCCAGGACGGAAAUCCUUUACAUUUUUGUUGUGAAAUACUCAGAUCUGAUUGUGUCACUGGCAUUUUCUUCCCCACAUCUGUUGGGAUGUACUGUAUAUAUAGUUGAAGAACUGUUAUUAGCAGUGUGUAUGUUUGUGUCUUGUAUAGGCAUGAUUGGCUAUCAGUGUUUGAUCCUUUUAGUUUGUGAAAACUUGUUUUUAAAUAAAAGUCCUUCCAUCUGUUGACUUUUCAGUUGACUCAGGUGGAGCUAAUCUUCCAAGGCAAGCUGAAGUGUUUCCUGAUAAACUCCAUUUUGGUCGCAUAUUUUACAAUCAGGCAACUAUGUCAUCCAAAGGAAUUACUCAGGUACACAUUAUUCCUACUUUUAUUGUUUUAAGAUGAUGAAAUAAAUUUUAGCACAGAUAGACAGAGUCAGUUAGAUUCUAUACUUGAUUUAAAAGAUCUAAAGACAUGUGCAUAUCUGCUCUUGAAAGUGGAAUUUUGGAUUUGGAGUCAAUUCUAUUUCACUUAAUUUACCUUUCAGGAUUAUUGCAUGCACUGAACUGCUUUUAUUUGCCAACUUUACUUAAAAAUGAGAAACAGCACUUAAACACCUAAUUAUGCUUUAGCUCACACAGUCAUCAUGUCUUGUAAUGACAGCAUUGUUUGAUCCUCAGAUAGCAGUAGUCCUUGGCUCUUGUACAGCUGGUGGUGCGUAUGUGCCUGCUAUGGCUGAUGAGAGCAUCAUUGUCAAACAUCAGGGGACUAUCUUUCUUGGAGGGCCACCCCUAGUGAGUAUGAAAGUUACCAACUAUAGCUAAGUUUAAAUAGUUAAGAAUAUACGAAAGUCAUACAUUUGAACUGCGGAUAAAGACGUGAAUGAAAGUGAUCCUCGCAAUAAUGUGCACUACUUAGGCAGUAGUGAAAAUAAGGCCUGAAAUAAAUAAAUUUAUUUUUUUUUAUUUAGAACCAACUUCAUGACCAGCUCCCAGUUGGCUUGUUAGCUCAGUUGGUAGAGCGCUGCACCGGUAUCGCAGAGGUCAUGGGUUCAAAUCCCGUACAGGCCUGAAUUUUUUUUUUCAGGCCUUAUUUUCACUACUGCCUAAGUAGUGCACAUUACUGCGAGGAUCACUUUCAUUCACUUCAUAUAGCUAAGUUUAUUAUGCUGAACUUGAUAUGCUGACCUAAUAAAGUUUACUUCGGGUUGAUAUGCAAUCACAUCACAGAGGAAAUCAUAUUUAAAAGGUUUUAAGGUUUGUGUUAUUGACAAUUCCAUUUAUUGAGCCAUUGGAAUAAUAAUCACUGACAGGAAUAGCUAGUACUUAAGAGCAAAUCAAUAACAAGGUGACUUGCAACAAUUCAGCCUCUUGAUCAUUGCCUUAAAGAGGACUAGCGGUAUUCUGUCAAAAUAUUACAUUGUGACAACAUUACACAUGGCAAGUUAUGACACAUCAAAAUUACUGCUGUUUAAAGUACAAUGAAUAACUACAGUCUUUUUUAGCAGUUAUUAAGCCGUGGUUCAUAUGAUAAAUGGGUUCAGGUUAUUGACAGAAAAAGAAAUAAAAUUUUUGGAAGGGGAAAAGCUCACUUGAGUUAAGCAGAAUUUAAAGUUAUAAAGAGGUGUGGUUUUUGAAGGUAAAAAUUGUGAAAAAAUGUAGUGACCAAUUUCAGAAGUCAACAGCAAUCAUUUCAAGCUGCCAAGGGUGUGAGACAGGGGAUGUAACAAGCAAUUAACCAAGCUUGAUUUUAUUAAAUAAUCACCAUUAUGUUACUGUUAUUCACCUGUUCGCCAGGUUAAAGCUGCAACAGGGGAGGAGGUGUCUGCUGAAGAGCUGGGGGUGCUGACUUACACUGCAAGUAUGUACCAGUUCUAGGUUUCCUUGAUAUUCCUACAAUAUGACUUUUAUGUGUAGAAACAGGUUAAUUAAAUCAAGAGAGAAAAUUUCAAAGUAGCCUGUAAGACUUUAGUUGUAAGCCACACAUCUAUGACCAAAAUUACCACACAUAUGUACUUAUGGUUGUUGUUAGUAGUCAUGGUAACUUAAUUACCAAAAUCAACUUCAUGUUUUCUAAGUACCACUGAACUGAGAGAUAACUUACAUAAAUGAUGAGGGUCUGAGAACAGAGCUCAUACAUGGGAAAGACUACUGUUAACUAUUGGAAUUAUUUGUAGAUUAUCUCUAAAUCAUUUAAAAGCAGCUCCGAGCAGUUCCAACUACUAACUUGAGUCUUCUGAACUCUGAAGUCAUGAUCAGCUACAGUGAUCUCAGAAUAUUAGAACACUAGACAGUGAAUUGAGUGGAUUAUGUGGGAGCCUGUGUGCUUUUUGUUUGUGUUUGUUGUUGUUGUUGUUGUUGUUCUAAUGAGCUAAACAACUCCUAAAUAACUGAAUGCCUUAAUAUAAAAUGAUUACUGACGAUUUGGUUUGUUGGGUAUAGAUUUGGGUUAAACUUAACAUUCCUUCUGGGUGUCUUGAUAGGAUCCUUUUCGGUAAAGUAGCAUUUCAAGCUCCAGUCUGGUAAAACCAAUGGGCUUAACUUUGACCUUUUUAACUAAAAAUAUUGAAAACAUGAUGAUUGACUCUGCAGAACAUCUGGUGUGA